AUGAGUAUACCGGUAUUUAAGCCUGUGACUCACGCCAUUUUUGAUUUGGACGGAACUCUUAUAGGUUUACAAAUCCUCGGAAAACAAGAAAUGGAUGUUGCUAAUUUGAUUAUCAGUACAUUGCAACUUGAUUUAACACCCGAAGAAUUAUUAGAAAAAGCUCAUAUCGAGGAAGAAAAAUCACUAAAAAACUUAAGACUGAUGUAUGGAGUCGAAGAUCUCUUGGAGCAUUUCCACCGGCACAAGAUAMCUAUGGCGAUGACAACGAGUAGUUCGGAGGAGAGUUUCCACGUGAAAACGGAUCAUCUGAAGGACAUAUUCUCUGUAUUCCAUCAUGUAGUCAUUAGUUCUUCCGACCCCGAGGUAAAAAACGGCAAACCAGCGCCAGACAUCUACAAAAUAUGUGCUUCUAGGUUUCUGGAAAAUCCCGCGAAUAGCAAGUUUCUGGUGUUUGAAAACUCGCCGAAUGGAGUGACUGCGGCAUUAGCAGCCGGCAUGCAAGUGGUCAUGGUACCUGAUCCCAUAUUGUCAAUAUGGCAUAACAUGUCGACCGCCAAUGCUACGUAUGUGUUAAACUCUCUAGAAGAUUUUCGUCCGGAAAUGUUUUCACUACCUCCAUAUUUCACUGGUUAG